AUGAGCAUUGAGAUUAAUGUGCUUAAGGAGAUGUACCCCAAGACUUUGUUUGAUAUCGAAGUUGAAUCCAACGAAUAUGAGGGGAUGUUACAGUUUUUGGCGAAUGGGUUGCUUGAGGCUAGCUUUUUUACAUUGGUAUAUUUGCAUAACGCGGUAUUUUAUAAAAUAGCUCCAGAAGACCCUAAAGUUGCCUACUUCAAUAUCCACAAAAUAAUUGGAAAAGAGUGUGAGGAAAAUUUUGCAAGUGUAAAAGAACACUUGUUAAGUGUCUACAAACUUAAAAAGGGCACAAAAUAUUUUCUUGCACCCUUUUUUUAUAGCGCCCAUUGGGUUUUGUUUAUCGUUUCUCCCAAGGAACGAAGUGUUUGGAUUUUGGAUACGAUUUCGGUUAAGGCCAACAAGGAUAAAGAUGAUUAUCCUCUUUCGAGAGCAAUAGAAUCUUCUUUUGGAAGUGGACUUACAUGGACCAUGGUUCAAUGUAAGCAACAAGACGGGUCUUGGGAGUGUGGGUUCAUGGUGAUUUGGUUUAUGGUCCAGUUUGUUUUAAAGAAGCGAUUUCGUUUUCCAAACAAUAUUUGGACCGAGACAACAAGCGUAACACAAGAGGAAAUCGACAUGUUGGUUGAAAACAUCAUGACGCGGUUUUUUAAGAGUACGAGUGUAGGUUGGUUGAAUACACCAUGA